AUGAAUAUUCUCAACUCAAUCUGGCGUCUCUCCUUUGGUAAAGACAAACACGUAGUCGAUGGGCAGAAAGCACUCAAGAACAUUCAGUCGCUGCUGUUGAAUACCAUUGCCAAGUACGAGGGUGUAUCGCACGCGCUAACGUCUGAAGAGAUCGCACCUAUCAAGGCGAUUUGCGACCAACUUUUUCCAGAAAAUUUUCUGCUCAAGGUGCCGGGAACAAAUUGCAGCGAAAUUGAGGCUCCUGCGUGCGUGCAUUACCAGCACGUCUACGAGAAUGAAUCUUUUUCUAUUGGCAUCUUCAUCUUACCACCGGGCGUAGCUAUUCCGCUACACGAUCACCCUCGCAUGAGUGUAAUCUCACGCAUACUGUACGGCUCACUGCACAUAAAAUCAUAUGAUUUUGUCAAUGGUACAGUGUCUAGUGGCACAAGCAAAUUAGCGCGUCGUUGCAUGGACAAAGUCAUUGCAGCUCCUUACACGACAGAAUUACUGCCAGAUUGCGGUAAUUUACAUGAGCUCAUUGGUGGUGAUGAUAUUGGCUGUGCCUUUCUGGAUAUUAUUACGCCGCCUUAUGACGCCAAUUGUGGUCGUGAUUGUACCUACUUUCGUGUUCAAAACUCGAUUGAUAGCCAGGUCGACGAAAGCGAAGAACUUGUCAUGCUUGAGAAAUUUGACCCUCAAGACUUUAAAGUGGUCUCGAAAGCUUAUCACGGACCUCAGUGGUGA